AACCAACGAACUGCUCCAUCACAGAGAUCGCGGCUAUCACUGUCAGAUAUUUCACUUUUUCAAUGCUGAAAGAAAGGAAUACAGCGGCACAAGAGUCGUUGGACAGCCUCGCCGCACUGUCAGCCCAAUAUCAGACCGGACCGGUCUUCGCAGAUAUCAUCAAAGGAGUUCGUUGUAACCUUUAUUCAGCUCCCUCGCCUACAACAUACUUGGACCCCCGUAUAUCUCCACGCAAAGACGAGAUCAAAACAAUUCAACGCAGUUUGACAGCCCAACCUUUAUUGUCCACAGUAUGCAGAAUCUCCUGUAGUUACAGUGCAAGCCAGUAUGCAGAGUCUCCUGUAACUACAGGACGGUGGCGCUGGAGAGAUGUGUUCUGCAUACCACUCUGCAUACCCAAGACACAUACUCUGCAUACUCCUAGAAAAAAAUUACGUAUUCGUAUAUUUGCCUCAUGUCCUUUCACCUUGCCGUCAUCGUCGCAAACGAUGAGGAGACAUCCUCUCGUCGUCCUCCCGAUGCCUGCCUAAAAGGGAUUGACCCGUAUUAUUAUCAAAUAAAAUGAAUAUAAUUGAAAUAUAGUACAGCAUACGAAAUGUAGAUAAAAUGCGGUACAGGCGGGCGUGGCGGGACGUAAGCGUCGAUAGCAUCCAUGAAGCCUCAUGUAGA